UUAAUUUAAAUUACUCUACUAUCAUCUAGUUGACAAAUCAUUAUUUUAUAAAGCGUAUAGGCACUUCGUGUUCAACUGAACAACUAAAGCUUUCGAUGUGACUAUCUCGUUUCUUUCAAAUAUGUAUAUUCUUGUACCUUUCAAGAAUCAUCUUUAAGUAGCGUCCCUCAAACCAUUUUGGAGCUCAGUUGUUCUCGCACCAUCAAACGCAUCAGACGUUGCCUUUGCCCUCUUUCAAAAGGGCUUCUAGAACUGGUUUUAUUUCCCAUUUUGUGUCCCCAACUUCAAAAACAGAUGACGAUGAGGAUGAUGAUGAUGCUGUCUUUUGCAUUGAUUACAUUCGUUCUUGUGGUUGGCAUCGACGGGCAACCCAUCAUCGAGCAUGACGAAGAGCCACCAGCAGCAGCUACAACCCAAGCAGAUAGAGUACUUUACGAUCAACGACAGUCUGGCAAAUACAACAUUCAUGUUAGCAUAAAAGAUGUGGCCAUAAUUGAGGUGGAUCAAAAUGAGAUUGUCGAUGAGGCCUAUGACGAUGAGGACGAUUACUACUAUGAUGACAGUGCGUUGACCAUUAAACCCAUCAAGUUUACCACUGAAACGACAGAGAGUACUACACCACCAACAAAAACCACAGCCACCAUUAGCUCUUCAAGUGAGAAACCGGUGAUCACCACAAUUCAACCAGAGAUUGGAAUAACCUUAACUCCCACAUCGAGUCCAUUUAACCUUACCGCUUAUAGUGCCAAUCUUUUGGCCGAUAUUGCAAGAAUUAGGCCAAAAUCGAAUAAGAGCAACUUGAUCAUUAUGGAGACACCAAUUGGUGGAUCAUCCACACCGCGUCAGCCUCUUUCUCUGCAAGAUGUACCUGUGCCUAUGGCAAAAGCUGUGCCUCGACCUCUCUUGCCCGAGAAUAUUGAGUAUACACCACCUCAAGGUCACAAUUCACCCAUAUUCAAGGUCAAAGUGCAACGUGCUGCAUCCGAGACCUCAGCCCGCUGUCAGGCUCAUCAAUUCCGCGAUGCUCAUGGCAAAUGCCGCAGCAAACGAUCUGGUUCCAUCCUAAAGAAACUCUUCAGCAUGCUGGUGUCGCUGCCCUUUGCUGGCGAACGUCGUCGUGGUCAUGGUCAUGGUCUGGAAGUGUCAUCUCAUCCAAUCGAGGGUUAAUGAUCUGACGAUAUUUGUGAUCUCUUGAUUGGAUCUUUAGUACUCUUAAAAUGUAGUCUAAGUUACUUAAUAAGUGCCUUCUGAAAUAUACUUUGACUGAAUUCUUUGCA